AGUGAACGGUUGUGUUUAACGGAAACAAGUCAAAGAAGAAGACGAGGAAGCGAGAAGAAGUCAAAUUCAAAGCUGAAGAAGUGGAGCUGAAAAGUGUAAUACGCUAAAGCAAACAAAACUGCAACUAUAUUUUUUUUCUCUUGUUGUUACAUUUAAAACAAACACGAGUGUGUGCUGUGCCUGUUUUGAAACCGGUUAUUAAAUGCGCGCUGCAACUGCAACAACAACAUCAAUAAUAAUACUAAAAUACCAAGCAGCAAAUUUUGCACAUUUCUUUGCACUCUCCUGAUACAAAGACACAAUUAACAACAACAAUAAACAUUCAAAAAAACAGCAACAAAAGCUUUUGUAAACUGUAAAAAUGGCAUUUACAAUUGUAAGUCGCGGCCUUUUGCGCACUUCGAGAGAAAUCCUGGAACGCAAUAUGGCCGCAACGGUGGGUGCAUUGCUACAACAACCGCACCAACAACAACUCCAACAACAACAGCAGCAGCCGCUCUCUACAGGCGAUUACAGCAACAACAAUAAUCGCCUUGUGAUAUCAACUCAUGCACCAUGGCAACUCAUAUCCGGCCGCACUGCAGCCGUGCAGACCGUACGUCAAUAUUCAAAGAAAACUGGCGCUCCGGCCACUUUGCGUCGCGAUGAUAGCGACAGCGAUUCGGAUUCGGAUGAUGAGUUCGAGAGACGUCGCCAGAAUGCUAAUGUCAAACGUAGCGAACGGGGCGACUCCGAGUUCUGGCGCCGCAAGAUGCGCACAUUGCAUCGCAUCUUGGAUGUAAAUCAUGAUGGUGUCGUUUCAUACGAUGAUUUCAAUUUGCUGGCGAAACGUUUCAGCGAUUUGGGCCACUUGUCACCCGAAGUGACAGCCGAAUUCAACGAUGUCAUCAGACAUACAUGGGAGGAGCAAUUCGGCGAAAUAACACCCUACAAUUUGGUAACUGCUGAGCAGUUUCUAACUGAUUUCCAUCAUCGACUGAAUGAUAAGAAAAUGGCAAAGCGCAUGGGUCGCUUUUUGCCGUAUUUGUUUAAGGCCGUGGACUUUGAUCAUACCGGCCAUUUGGAUCUCGAACAAUACAAGCUCUUCUUCCGUUGUCUGGGACUUUCUGAAGAGGAUGCUGCUAUUUCCUUCGCUGUGAUAGACAAGAAUGGCGAUGGCCAAUUGUCGCUCAAGGAGUUUGUACAUUUGGGCCGUCAGUACUUUUUAACCGAAGACGAUACGAAAAUAUCGAAAAUGUUCUGGGGACCGCUGAUUGCUGAUCAUUGACGGGUUGCAGCCACUGCUGUAGAUCAACAACAUGUUCGCUAUGCAAACACUACAAAGCCAAUGCUGCCAACAACAACAAAAACAACAACUAAUAAUAUUAACAACAAUAAUACUCCAACACGCGCGCAGGUGGCGUGCGGCAGUUGGCCGUAUCUACAGCAUGUGGCGCCGCAUAAGACGGGACCAAGCAACAGGCUAACGACGACCUUGGACAGCAACUGCAACACCAACAUCACGAACAUGAUCACAAUACGAAGCAUGAGCAUUUACGAUUAUUUACGUCAACAUUUCAAUGUGGCCAACAAACGCAUGCGCCGCCACUCCGACAGCGAUGAGGAGCACUUUUGUUCCUUUAUGCAUCCGCCCAAGGUGCGCAAGCAUAACUAUAGCAACUAUCAAAAAAAGGAGAAGCUAAAGCAGCAGCAGCAACAACAACAGCACCAGCAACAUCAGCACCAUGAGCAACACCAACAUCAUGAGCAACGUCGCUAUGAGCAGCGCAAUAAGCAUGGCCCUAAUUCUAAUAUAAACAACUAUGAUAUAAGAUUUUUUUUCUAUGUUAAUUCGCUAAUCUUAUUCACCAUGUCGUGUCGUCAAUAUGAAGGCGAUGAUUUUAAGCACUUUAUUGUUAAUCACAUCAGAGAGUUUGAUCGCUUGCGACGUAAAGCGCGCAAGCGACGCAAACGCAAAAUGAAAGCAACAACAGCAAGAAGUGUGAAACAAAUUGAUUUGAAAUUAUGAAAAGAUUUUCAUUUAAGCGCAAUGCUUAAUUUAAUGCGCAAUGAUCAAUUAAUGUUUUUUUUUUCUUAAUAAAUACUAUGUAUGUACUACAAAUGAUAUGCAAACAAGCAAACAA